GCUGGUGCACAAAUGACUUGUAAGACAUUUGCCUACUAGCUUCUACUGCAGUCACAGCUUCUGUUUAUCUCUGGGUUAUCUGUACAGUAUAUAUAUACACCGCCAGGACCAGCAGUCUCUGCCAGCAUCCUUCCUCGUCUAUCUUUUCACAAAACAUGACCCAGAAAGGAUCAGGAGGAGCAAAGAGAGGAAACACCAGCCAGCAAGAGGAAUUCAGGGUUGUUAUUGUAGGAGACAGGGGCUGUGGGAAAACCUCACUACUUUCAGUUUACACUACAGGAGUCUUUCCAGAGGAACAUGUCCCAUCUGUGUAUGACAAAAGUGUUGUAAAUAUGAGGUACAGAGGGCAACAUUGUCGGCUACAUCUCUACGACACCGCAGGUCAAGAGGACUAUGAUCGCCUGCGGCCUCUCUCCUACCAAGGUGUUAACGUAGUGCUGAUCUGCUACAACGUCAUGUGUCGUUCAAGCUAUGAUAAUGUCUUCAUUAAGGUAUUUGUGAGUUGUGUCUUCAAUGUUUGUUGUUGUGGUUGGAGGAUCGAUAUCAGGUCGUGCAUUUUAUUAACAAUUAAUUUGUGGGAAUAAAACUCUCUAUUCUGACAGGGAGAAGAGGCCAGAAGGAAAAUCAAAGCUGUGCUGUACUUAGAGUGCUCAGCCAAAUACAGAGAUAAUGUGGAUGACUUAUUCAGACAAGCAACAAAACAAGCGCUAAUGGCGACAAGAAGGCCACAAAAAGCCAGAGAGCGGAGGCGUUUGUGUGCUUUGUUGUGAUGCAUGCUCAUGACAGACUCAAGCUGCACGUCCGGACACAUUUCCUGUGUGGUUUUCCUUUUGACAUCUUGGUCUAAAAUACAUUUUAUACGAUAGUGUUUCCUUGUUUGUUUUCCCUUUUUUAUACAUGUAAAAAAAAUACUAAUAAAAAAAUAAUACAGAUCUCA